AUGUUCAUUCUACUUCUAAGUGUGUUUUCCUUGGCACUUGCAGAGCCACCGGUCGGAGACAGUUACCUAGAAGCGGCGCAAUCCAGUCACGACCACGGCUUACAUCAACGAUAUCUACCACCGGAUCAAGGAGCACCGUUUGCAAGAAGCUCCACAUCUUCCUCUUAUGCCCGCUCUAAUCAGUAUCCAACUCGAAGUGCAACGCCAGUUGCUCAAGAAUAUAGACCCCGGAGCUUAGGAGAUGGUCCUUCACAAGAAUAUGGAUCACCAAACUCACCUACCAGACUGUCAUUAGAAUAUGGAACACCUGACAUCAGAAACUCUAUUUCGCAAGGAUAUAACGCGCUUUCAUCACAGUUCUCACAAGGAUAUGACUCCCAUAACGAAGUGUCUUCUUUGUAUGGUGCCCCUUCUUUAAGAAAUACCCCAGCAGAAACAUACACCACUCCCAGCCAAAGAUCUUCAUCAUCGCAAUAUGGUGUACCGGAUGUUCGAUCACCUUCUGAGGAAUACAACGCUCCGUCAUAUAGAAGUUACAAUACGCAGACGUCAUCCGUUCAGAAGUACGGUGUGCCGAGAUUCCGUAGCAAUCAGUCGCCGUCCAUCUCACAAAACUACGGCACUCCGACAACCAGGUCUAACCAGUUCAGCACAACGGAUGCUUUCAAAUCUUCUUUCGGACCACAAAGUCUUCCCCAAUUUAAAAACACACAGAACCCAUCUCAAGUUUACGGGACACCAGCUCGCUCUCUCUCGACUCUAUAUGGUGCGCCUGAAGUAAGGGCUACGGACUCGCACUCUCAAGGAUUUGGUCGCACGUUAUCAACUACUUACGGAGCCCCGGCGAGUGAUCCAUCAAGACAGUAUGGAGCACCAGGAACGAGGAUUGCAGACCAAAAACCAGAUGGUAUAGCGUCAUUACGUUCAUCAGAAAGGUAUCUACCUCAAGAGUACGAUGCAGAGUCGGCAGACGCCGCCGUACCUUCGCAGCAGUAUGGAACGCCGCGUCACACUCUCCCCGGACAAGGCUACGGAUUAUCCAGGAGCGCACUCGAGGAGCUGCUAAACCAGGAGCCAGCGAACUACGACUUUGGUUACAAAGUGAGCGACUACGCGAGCGGGAGCGACUUCGGACACGCGGAGAGUCGGCAGGAGGACCGUGCCGAGGGCUCGUAUUUCGUGGUGCUGCCUGAUGGCACCAAGCAAGUGGUAGAGUACGAAGCGGACGAGCGCGGGUUUAAACCUCGCAUAUCUAUAGAGCCAGCCGACGGACCUUACUGA